AAGCUAGCUAGCCUGGUUUAAUAAGUAGCUCGCUGUGAGCUCAGGCUGACGCUGCAGAGUGUGAGCUAACGUUGACAGGAAGGCUGUGAUACGUCUGUUUAGAGGAACGCCUAUUUUUGUUUUUUUAUUUCAAUCCCUUUGGUUGUCGACGUUGGAGCUGCUGGCAGGUGCCUCGUUAGCAGGCUGUCUGGUGUCGUCCAGGCGGUGACUGACCGACCGAUGCCUUCAUCAUGAUGCUGAGCUGCAGCGCUCUGGUCGUUGCCCUCCUGCUGUCCCAGGUCAGAGGCUUCCUGACCCCCUCAGAGGACGACAACGUCCCCGAAGAGUGGGUGCUGCUCCAUGUGGUUCAGGGCCACAUCGGGGCCGGAAACUACAGCUACCUGCGCCUCAACCACGAUGGCAGAAUCAUCCUGCACAUGCAAAGCCUCAAGGGAGACGCGGACAUCUACGUGUCGGAUAAAACCCUGCGUCCGAGCUUCGACACCUACAGGCUGCAGUCGGUCACCUGCGGCCAGGACGUGGUGGUGGUGCCGAGGGACUUUUCCAGGCCCGUGGGCAUCGGCAUUUACGGUCACCCGUCUCACAAGGAGAGCGAGUUUGAAAUGCGGGUAUUUUAUGAUCAGACGGUUCCUCAGGACCCCUUUGAUAAGGACUCAUAUCCUUCAGAAGACGGACAUAAGAAAAAGAAGUCCCCUCAGGCAUCAGAGGAGGACUUUCAGGAAGAGGAGUCCAUCUUUUGGACUAUUCUAAUUGGACUUUUGAAGAUUAUACUUGAGAUUUUGUUUUGAAAAGGUUUUCCUGCCUCGCUGUGGUAACAGAAGGAAGAGAUUUGGCUCAGUCAGCAUUUAGACGUUCAAGAAAAUAAGUUUUUUCCGUUCUGUAGGGAUGAGAAUUUGGGAGUGAACUCUGGCAUUUCAGGAUUGUCUUUCUUUGUGAUCAAACCUACACAAGUUGUAGCUUCAAGAUGAAAGUCGUUGGUGAGCUGAAGUCAGCAAAUGUUUCAGAGUGUGUGUGUUUGGCGAUGAGCACAGCAACAUUAGCCUGUCAGCAGAUUCGGCUUUGCUGUCCUCUCCUAAAAAGACAGAACAAAGUGUAUUAAAGGGCUCGUUUGGGUUUCUUUCAGUGCGGUUGGUUUUGAGCUGCUUCUCCGUGUGGAGCACCACCUGUCUGCAGUGGCAGCAGGAGUGCAGGUGUAGGAAGCUGAGUGCCGGACGCGGCAGCAUGUAGUCUUGUGCUGCUGACUCCGCCCACUCAGGUGCUCCUGCUGCCUCUGCAAAGUGGUGGUGUGCCGAUUGCCUUCUGCAGGUAAUACGAUGACCAUGGAUAAGCACCUCAUACAACCACACUUUAAAAACAA